AUGGAAGUAACAUCUGCGUCAGUUCUGAAUAGCUUAAUUGUUGGAGUUUUACUGCUCUUUGGAUUAUAUUUUCUAUCUUGGAUUUUUCGUCGAUCACCCAAAAAUGUACCGCCAGGUCCUAGAGAAUGGGGCACCAAUUGGAAGAUUCUGAAGGCAUCCUGGAAUGGUACUCUACCGAAACUAGCCAGUGAAUGGGCUCUGAAGUAUAAAGACAUCACUUUUGUGUACAGCUUCGGAUUGCAGCUUGUGUUCUUAAAUAGUGCAGAGAUUACACGAAAGUUAUUAACAUCCAAUAAGUAUAAAUUCCUUGUUGCCGACAGAUCUCCUAAUGCAGCAGCUAGAAUUAUUGAGUUGAACGGCAAAGAUUUAGUAUUUUCAAAGUUUGAUGGUAAGUUUAACAUAAAGCGACGUCUGUUCUACAGUGUGAUUGGCCUGUAUGGAGAUGGCGUGGCCAAGUUUGAGGAUAUGGUCUGGAGAGAGAUAGAAAGAAUGUUUAUGGAAAUUGACGUACGCGAGGGAAAAGACACUGACCUCUCGUCAAUUUUAACACGAUCUCUGAAAAUUAUCCUCUAUAUAUUGGUGCGUGGCGAGGGUCCAAUUGAUCCUAAAGAGCCCGAAAUUUUAGAGGAAUACGACAUGGCGGUCAACAAACUAGCACAGGCGGACGUAGAUUUUGUUUUGGAUAAUCUCCCAUUUCUUACCCAAAUUCCUGGUAAAUUCAAAAGAGCUGUGACCCAUGUGAAAGAGGCAAAGAAACAGGCGGAUGAAUUAUUGUUUUAUGGACCAAAGAGAACUCACAAGCCAGGUGAACCACGAGGCAUAACAGACCUACUUCUAGACUUCGCAAGACAGCCUGGUUACGAGUGGAUGAAGACAGACGAACAACAUAUUAUCGCCUUCCUUACAAGCUUGGUUGUUGCAGGCAACUUGACCACAAGAUCUUCACUGACUGGCAUCUUCCUGUGUCUGGUUAACUAUCCCGAAGUCAUCAGAACAAUUCAAGGGGAAAUAGAUAACGUCAUUGGCAGCGAACGACCUAAACUGGAGCACAGAAGCAAAAUGCCCUACACAGAAGCUACCAUCCUGGAAGGCUUGCGUCUCAUUUCGCCAGUACCUCUUAAUGCUUUCAGGAGAGCAUCUGAAGAUAUUGACUUCGAGGGGAUGGUAAUCCCCAAGAACGCUCUGAUCUUGAUUAACAGCUGGCAUUUUCUCCACGACGAGAACAAAUGGGAAGAUCCGUGGGCAUUUAACCCCAAACGUUUUCUUGACGAUCAGGGGAACCUUUUACCAAUUGACCACCCAAGAAGGAAAGAUCUGAUCGCCUUUGGAGUCGGUGCACGAGCCUGCCCUGGAGAAAUGUUCUCGCGCUCUAGAAUGUUUCUGUUCAUAACCAGUAUCCUUCAACGCUACGACCUUCUGCCUCCAGCCAAUGAAAGUCUGACAUCUGCAGACUUUAACAUUCAUAGCGAAAAUGUCCUGGGUCUUGUGCGGCAAACUCCUCCAUUCAAAUGUCGUCUUGUUCGCAGACAGAGACAUUAG